AUGGCGUCUGGUGAUGGAUUGGGAGUAUAUGUGUUGGAGAGCAAAGGAGGAGCAAUAGCAUGUAUAACGCUUUCUCUGCUCUGCUUAGGCACUUGGCCUGCUUUGUUGGCUCUUCUUGAACGACGUGGCCGUCUCCCACAACAUACUUACCUCGAUUACUCAAUCACUAACUUCUUAGCUGCAAUCUUCAUAGCCUUUGUGUUUGGUCAAUUAGGUCAAAGUACACCAGUAGCACCAAGUUUCAUAACCCAACUCACUCAGAUUCAGGAUAACUGGCCCUCGGUGUUGUUUGCAUUGGCGGGUGGGGUUGGUUUAAGUAUAGGGAACCUAGCUACUCAGUAUGCUCUAGCUUUUGUUGGUCUGUCUGUUACAGAAGUCACAUCAGCGAGCAUCACCGUUGUUAUAGGCACGAGUGUCAAUUACUUUCUUGACAACAAGUUAAACCGAGCAGAUGUUCUUUUCUCUGGUGUUGGAUGCUUCUUGGUAGCUGUUUGUCUUGGCUCUGCUGUUCACUCUUCUAACUCUACUGAUGUAGUAGCCAAACUUGGAAACUUCUCAGGGGGUUGUAAAACUGUGAACCAAGAAGAGUCUCAGAGACUAUUUGGAGUAGAACAAGAAGAGGAGAUGAAGAAUGUAAAAGAAGGAACAGCAGCUUUUCUUAUAGCACUUGAGAACAAAAGAGCAAUCAAAGUGCUUGGAAAGAGCAUGAUUAUUGGUCUAUCAAUAACCUUCUUCGCUGGCCUUUGUUUCUCACUCUUCUCACCACUCUUCAACCUUGCAACAAACGAUCAAUGGCACACUCUAGAACCAGGCGUUCCCAAGUUGAUUGUCUACACAGCUUUCUUCUACUUCUCACUAUCCUGCUUCUUAAUCGCCAUCGCUCUCAACGUGACUUUUCUCUACAAACCCAUCCUAGACUCACCAGGAUCUUCCUUUAAGGAGUACUUAAAUGACUGGAACGGAAGAGGUUGGGCUCUUGUGGCUGGAUUGGUUUGUGGGUUUGGUAACGGUCUUCAGUUUAUGGGUGGACAAGCUGCAGGGUAUGCUGCCGCAGAUGCUGUUCAGGCACUUCCUUUGGUGUCGACAUUUUGGGGGAUAUAUCUGUUUGGGGAGUAUAAGAGAUCGUCUCCUAGAACAUACGCUUUGCUUGUUGCAAUGCUGAUCAUGUUCGCUGUAGCUGUGGGGCUUCUAAUGGCCUCGGCUGGCCAAAGAGUGACAUUAAAGAUAUGAUCAUAACUCAUAACAGAUAGUGUGGUUAACUUCAAUUGUACAUUUACUAUGAUCGUUUUUUAUAUACG